AUGGCGACCCUGACAGUCUCCCGGCCUCCUCACGGGGGAUUCAGCUUCGAAAACUGUAAAAGAAAUGCUCUCAUUGAAGGAGAGUCUAGCAAAGUCGGUUGUAGCUUGCCAGCGGCUCGCAAGACGGGAACUACCAUUUGUGGUGUUGUUUACAAGGAUGGAGUUAUUCUUGGUGCAGAUACAAGAGCCACUGAGGGCAUGGUAGUGGCAGACAAGAAUUGUUCAAAAAUCCAUUUCAUCUCCCCCAAUAUUUACUGCUGUGGGGCAGGGACAGCAGCUGACACAGAGAUGACCACUCAGCUCAUCUCCUCCAACCUUGAGCUUCACGCUCUCUCCACCGGGAGAGUGCCACGAGUGGCCACAGCCAAUCGCAUGCUCAAGCAAAUGCUCUUCAGGUAUCAGGGGUACAUUGGAGCUGCUCUAGUUUUAGGUGGUGUUGACUGCAAUGGGCCACAUCUCUACAGCAUUUAUCCUCAUGGAUCUACAGACAAACUUCCUUAUGUCACAAUGGGAUCUGGGUCUCUUGCUGCGAUGGCUGUGUUUGAGGACCGCUAUAAGCCUGACAUGGAGGAGGAGGAAGCAAAGAAACUGGUGCGUGAUGCCAUUGCUGCUGGAAUCUUCAAUGAUCUGGGCUCUGGCAGCAAUAUCGAUCUUUGUGUGAUCAAUAAGGACAAAGUGGACUACCUGCGACCUCACGAUGAGGCCAACAAGAAGGGUGUCAGGACUGGAGACUACAAAUACAAAAGAGGUACAACUGUUGUGCUGACCAAAGUUGUGACCCCUUUGAAUCUGGAAGUGGUUGAAGAAACAAUUCAGACCAUGGACAUCUCCUAA